UCUUGACCAGCAAAUCAGAAGAAUUAAUAAAAGCGUUACGUAAAAAUAUGGGGCAGAGCAGCAAUUACACUGGGGAACUGAAACAGCUGGUUGUUGCCAAUCUGGUAGACGUAAACUGAAAAACACUGCACAUUUUCCACAAUCAUAAAAUGCCAUUGCUAUCCAUCACCCAUGUCAAUCUCCCAGCAUUAUGUUCAGUCUCCCAGCAUUAUGUUGAAGGAGGCGCUGCACAUUCUGCUUACUACACACAACCCCCCUGAAGACUCCAAUACUUAUAUUCAAUUAUUUCAGACCUGCACUCUCAAGAACGCGCUUUUACAAGGGAAAAUAGUCCACUCUUUCAUCGCUCACAGGCGAUUUGCAUUUGCUAAACGCACAACUUUUCAGAAUAAGCUUAUUUACAUGUAUGUCAAGUGCGGAAGUUUGGUUGAUGCUCGUAAAGUGUUUAACCACAUGAAAGAACGAGACGCUGUCUCGUGGAAUAUGAUUAUUGGGGGUUACAGAAAAAAUGGGUAUCCUCGUGAGGUUGUCACAUUGUUUCACCAAAUGCAACGAACAGGUCUCCAGCCCGAUGAGUUCACAUUUGCCAGCGUACUCCCAGCCUGUGCCAAAAUGGGAGAUUUGGAACAGGGUAUGGACAUCCAUCAAAGCAUAGAAGAUAGAGGAAUUUCGUCAAAUGUUGUAGUUGCAACUGCCCUGGUAGACAUGUAUGCAAAAUGUGGAAGCAUAGACAGGGCACGUGAACUGUUUGACAAAAUGCCUGAAAGAAACGUGGUCUCAUGGACUGCGAUGAUCGCAGGAUAUGCACAAAUUGGAUUUGUUGAAAAGGCUUUAGAAACUUUCAAGCGAAUGUCACUGGCAGGUGUAAAGCCAAAUUCCACAACCUUUGCUAGCAUCCUCCCUGCCUGUACUAAAAUGGGAGCUUUGGAGCAGGGUAUGGACAUUCAUCAAAGCAUAACGGAGGGGGGAUAUAGGUCAGAUGUUGUAGUUGCAAGUGCCCUGGUAGACAUGUAUGCAAAAUGCGGAAGCAUAGACAAGGCACGUAAAUUGUUUGACGGAAUGCGUCAAAAGGAUGUGGUCUCAUGGAAUGCAUUGAUUGCAGGAUAUGCACUAAAUGGAUUUAUUGAAAAAGCUUUAGAAACUUUCAAGGAAAUGCAAUUGACGGGUGUAGAGCCAGACUCCACAACCUUUGCCAGCAUUCUCCCUAUUUGUACCAAAAUGGGAGCUUUGGAAAAAGGUAUGGGCAUCCAUCAAAUCAUAAAGGAUAGAGGAAUUUCGUCAGAUGUUAUUGCAACUGCCCUGGUAGACAUGUACGCAAAAUGUGGAAGUCUAGACAAGGCAUGUGAACUGUUUGAUAAAAUACCUCAAAGAGAUGUCAUCUCAUGGACUGCUAUGGUUGGAGGAUACGCACAAAAUGGAUUUGUUGAAAAGGCUUUGGAAACUUUCAAGCAAAUGCAAUUGGCAGGUGUAAGGCCAAAUCCCACAACCUUUGUAAGUAUCCUCCCUGCGUGUGCCAAAAUGGGAGCUUUGGAACAGGGUAUAAAUAUCCAUAAAAGCAUAAUGGAAGGUGGAUUUUUGUCAGAUAUUAUAGUUGGAAAUGCUCUGGUAGACAUGUAUGCAAAAUGUGGAUGCAUAGAUAAGGCACGUGAACUGUUUGACAAAAUGCCUCGAAAAAAUGUGGUCUCUUGGAAUGCCAUGCUUGGAGGAUAUGCACAAAAUGGAUUUGUUGAAAAAGCUUUGGAAACUUUCAAGCAAAUGCAAUUGGCAGGUAUAAAGCCAAAUUCCACAACCUUCGCCAGCAUCCUCCCUGCCUGUGCCAAAAUGGGAGCUUUGGAACAAGGUAUGGACAUCCAUCAAAGCAUUAUGGAAGGGGGAUUUUUGUUAGAUAAUAUAGUUGGGAAUGCUCUGGUAGACAUGUACGCAAAAUGUGGAAGCAUAGACAAGGCACGUGAACUGUUUGACAGAUUACCUCAAAAAGAUGUCAUCUCAUGGAAUGCCAUGAUUGCAGGAUAUGCACAAAAUGGAUUUUGCAAGGAUGCUUUCAAAAUCUUUGAAUUAAUGCAACACUCUAGAACAUACCCUAACAUUGUAAGCUUUGCAUGCAUUCUAUAUGCAUGCAGCUAUGCAGGUUUAGUGGAUGAGGGCUGUACAUACUUCAAUCAAAUGAAAAGCCCUUAUUACAUUACACCUACAGUUGAUCAUUAUGUGUGCAUGGUUGACCUUCUUGGCCGUGCUGGCUAUCUUGAGGACACCCUAAAAUUUAUCAUUAAGAUGCCAGUUAAACCUGUGGUGGUUGUGUGGAUGUGCUUUCUUGGUGCCUGUAGAUCACAUAUGAAUAUAGGCUUAGGAGUAUAUAUAGCGACAGUGCUUUUUGAUUUGGAUUCUAAAAAUGCUGCGACUUAUGUUCUUCUCUCAAACAUCUAUGCAGAAGUAGGCAGGUGGAGUGAGGUUGAAAUGGUAAGGAGAUUGAUGAAAGAUAGACAAAUAAAAAAGAUCCCUGGAUGUAGUUGGAUUGAAGGCCAUAAAAUGGUACAUGUUUUUUGUGUAGGAGACAGAUCACAUCCACAGACACAUGAUAUCUAUGCAAAGUUGGAGAAAUUGACUUGGGAGAUGAAGGCAGUGGGGUAUUUUCCAGAUUCAAGGUAUUUACUCAAUGAUGUGGAAGACGAGGAAAAAGAAUUAUUUCUCUGUCAUCAUAGUGAAAAGUUGGCAAUUGCAUUCGGUUUAUUAAACACACCUUCUGGAACAACUAUUAGAAUUGUUAAGAACCUUCGAGUAUGUGCUGAUUGCCACACUGCAACAAAAUUCAUCUCCAAGAUUGUUGCAAGAGAAAUUGUUGUAAGAGAUGCAAAUCGUUUCCAUCAUUUCAAACAGGGACAAUGUUCCUGUGGAGAUUAUUGGUGAUGCUAAAUGAAGCUUGCACUACAAUUAUGUUAACCUGUCAGACCUGCAGUAACAAUGAAAGGACAAGGAAACCUGCAUAUGUAUGAAAUGAAAAGGUGGAGAAGGAGGUGGAGAAUGGGAAAAACAAAAGGUCGACCAUUUGAGACUGAGUUACACAUUUGAAAUUAGAUAUCUUUGCAUGGAAUCAAGACCAUGAGAAAGGAUUCAACCACAUGAAAGAGGACUAGCUCAAGGUGUUCAAGUUCAAGGGAAGCAUGUCGAACAAGGAGGACUUACAACAUGAGAAGGAUAUCAAGACAUUCAAGAGGAUCACAAGGAAGAUUUUACCACGACCUUUGGAAAUCCAAGAUCAAAGGAAGGAGCUCUACAUUUCAGAUGAAGGCAAAGACAAGAUGACAUUCAAAGGAGGAUGCCAAGGAUGAGGAUGAGAUGUGAAAGAGUUGAUCAAGGCAAGAUGACAUUCAAGGAGGAUAAUUCCAACAAUGAACAUUGAGGACAAGCUCACCAAAACAUGGAGAAAAAGGAUUACUAUGAAGAUGAAGACCACUCACGAAGAUGAUGCAAUUUGGGAAUAUGAACCAUCACAGUCAAAAGGCUUACAGAUGUUGAGUAUCAAGAGAUAUUGCUCGAAAUUUAAUGAAUUCUUUGUGAUGAUCUAAAAGGAGUGCAAGCUGAUGUGGCACCUAUUCACCUCAACCAAUCAAACAAUUCAAAGUCAGCAUAUCAGGAUUCAUUGAACCUGGCUCAUCCUACAAAGAAGACAAGUGGACACGUGGGUGCAUUGAAUGAUGUGUCAUCUACUCCUUGUAAAUUGUGUCAUUAAGGCCAUGUUAUUUUUUCAUUGGUCCUUUUCCUAAAAGGACAUACAUUCAAAAGCUUAUAAUUUCCCCAUUGGUGGAUAUUAAAUGUAAGGAGGUGGUAGUUGUAAGUUUGUAACUACCUCACUUUAGGGUUUCAUAGAAUUAUCCUAGUCAUUGAUUUAGAAUCAAUCUGGGCCCUUCA